UUUCAUUGCUCUCAUUGCAGCAUCAUGACUGGUAGAGGGAGAACGUGCAAGGCAAAAAGCCCUGACACUAAGUGUGCCAAGAGUAAAUCUAAACCUGAGGAAAUGAAACAUGAAUCUCCCCCCAGAUGUACGAGGAAGGACUUUAAAGAAGAGAAGCAGAAAGGCGCCACAAAGGAACAGAAACUAAAGGUGAAAGCUGAAACAACAGAACCAGUUACAAAGUCAAAGAUGCAGCCAAAGGGCACGACAGAGGAUUCUCCAAAAACCACCAAGGAACAAAAAAGUGGCAGGAAGGAAAAAUCCCCAGAACAAUCAAGAGAGGAGAAGACGAAGGUGCAGCCGGAGGACAUCAAGACGACAAAAACAUGCACUGCCAAAGACAAAAUACCAGAGACAAACAUUCAGCCACUGAGACCCAAGGAGAACCCAAAGGCUGAUCGGUGUGAAGGCAAAGUGGACACUAUCCUCUUCACAACUCUGGACAAAUUAAGAAUAAAAACAGACGAAAAAUCAUAUACAUCCAAAGUCGUUAAUGAACUUGUAGACGCCAUACUUUCGCAUUUGAAACAGAACACUCAAUGCUUUAAAGAAGCCGAACCACUACGGACUGGGAGUUACUAUGAAAAUCUAAAGAUUUCUAAUCCGGAUGAAUUUGAUGUCAUGCUGGCCAUUCCAGUUGACCGAGUGGACGUGAGUCCAUUUGGAGAUGAUGGAGCCUUUUACAGUGUGGAGUUAAAACGUGGCAAUAGCCAUCUGAAGAAAUUUGAAGAGAGCAGCACUUUAUCCGCCAGUAAAAUGUUGGACGAGUUCAGGGCAGAAGUCAAGGAAUGUGCCAAGAAAUAUCCAGAAUGGGAGCUGACAAGGAAGAAAAAAGGCUGCCCUGCAGUGACUCUGAUCAGAACAGUACAAUCGGUCACCGUCUCACUGGAUAUCGUUCUGAGCCUCGUGGUUAAAUCGAGCUGGCCAUCUUUCACCAAAGAAGGCCUUCAAAUAGAUAGCUGGCUGGGCACUAAAGUAAAGCGGGAAUACAAGUGGUUGCCAUAUUAUCUUGUACCAAAAUUUGAAGGCACAGGUACAGAAGAGAAAGACGGGGUCCUAGCCAAGGAUACUUGGAGGGUGUCAUUCUCUCAUGUUGAGAAGGCCAUACUGAAAAAUCACGGAUCGCAGAAGACAUGCUGUGAGAAAGAGGGAGACCGCUGCCGCAGGAAGGACUGUUUGAAGCUCUUGAAGCACCUUCUCAGUCUGCUGAAGGAAAAUAACUCUUCAUUUAAAAAGUUUUGUUCCUAUCACGCCAAAACUACGCUGCUCCACGCCUGCUGCUCCAGAACUAAAGACACGGACUGGAGGGCCUCGAGUCUGAGCCAGUGUUUCCGCCUGCUUCUGGCGGACUUUGUGUCCCAUCUGGAAGAGGGUAUACUCAACAACUUCUUCAUCCCAACCCAGAACCUGCUCUCCAGUCUCAGCAGGAACAAGUGCAACAGCCUGGCUCGUUGCAUCAGGGAGGAAUGCGACAAAGGCUUUCCUAUUUUUAAAUGACAACUUCACAAGAAGAGUUUGACCUGUGACUUCACCGCAGAAACAUCUUUCAAUAAAGAACUGGGCAACUUAAGCCAGGGUAAUUGUUCAAGAAAGCAUAUUUGAAAUGGAAUUGUUGUAAUUAAUGCUUGUGUCUACCACAUUGAUUUAUUUUCUCUAAACCUACCUUUUAAUAAAUGUCUAGCUUGUCCAUG